CUGUUGAACCGAAUUCUCGCGAUAGUUCCAAACACAUGGCUGCCUACUUGUGUUUACAACUUCUCGACGAGCUGGUGAACAGCACAGAAGUUCCCUGCAAAGAAAACGUCGACUAGUUUUUCUUGGCUUUUUGUUUUCUUCGUGCCUGUGUUAACAUUUGAAGCCGCAGAGAGGAAAACGGCCACGAAGCUCAGCGUCAACAGUAAGGAGAGCUACAGCAGGUGGGUGAUGUCCUCAAACCCCGACCGACUCAGCCAUCCACACUGCAGGAGGAAGCACUAUCCCAGUAGUACCUACCUCACCCACGUCUGACAGCCACCUGCAGGACUCAGGGCCUUAAAACACCGGAAGAAGGACUGAUAAAGCCAUGUCCGACUCAGCUGGAGGGGGAGAGAGUGGAGGUGUGGCCACUGCGGGGCAGGACUCUGAGGCAGACGGCGAGCCCCCUCAACAGGCCCCACCUUUACUCUGUCAGGUAGAACAGGAGACCCCGGAGGAUGGGCUUCCUGCCAAGCGGUCCAGGAUGAGUGAAGAAGAGCAGGGACUUUAUGACGUCCAUGAUGGAAUAACAACAGAGUCUGGCUCCGCACAGGAAAACAAAAGCACAUCUCCACAAAAAACGAGGGAGCUACAACAACCUGAGGGGGAAGAGCAGAGAGAGGAAGAGCUAACAGUCCGUGGAGAUGUAGAAGAAUGCCAUCAGAAUGGAGAUGGAGGACCUGAUGUUCCAGAAGGAGAAGAUAUUAGACGAAAGGAAGAGCACGAUGGUGACGAUGCUGCAGAAAGCCCCACACCAGGACAACACCUUGACUUGGAUUUUACCCAGAACCCCUCGAUGCUGACUGGUUCCUGGACUGAGUACUCCAGCUUUCCAGAGAAUUAUCUGAAAGGCUGCAAAUGGGCUCCUGAUGGUUCCUGCAUCCUGACCAACAGUGCCGACAACAUCCUCCGUGUGUACAACCUCCCUCCAGAGAUUUACAGCUACAGCUGGGACUUGAUCCCAGAGAUGAGUCCCGUGCUCCGGAUGGCUGAAGGAGACACGGUUUACGACUACUGCUGGUUCCCAAAGAUGAACUCGUUGGAGCCAGACACAUGUUUUCUGGCCAGCAGCAGCCGUGACAACCCAGUGCACGUGUGGGAUGCGUUUUACGGCAAAGUGCGAGCCAGCUUCCGACCCUACAACCACUUGGACGAGCUGACGGCGGCCCACUCGCUCUGCUUCUCGCCAGACGGGGAGCAGCUGUACUGCGGCUUUGAAAAAAUGGUCCGAGUCUUCUGCACGGAGCGUCCGGGCAGAGACUGCGAGGAACGCCCCACUGUGGUGAAGAAACAAGGCCAGAGCGGCAUCAUCUCCUGCUUCGCCUUCAGCCCGUGCCAGUCGGUUUACGCCUGCGGCUCGUACUCCCGUUGCGCCGGCCUCUAUUCCUGUCAGGACGGCACCCUGCUGGCCCUGCUGCCCACCCGCCACCACGGAGGCCUCACCCAUCUGCUCUUCUCCCCUGAUGGCAACUACCUGUACACCGGCGGGCGCAAGGAUCCAGAAAUCUUGUGCUGGGACCUGAGGGACCCGGGGAAAGUUGUGUUUUCUCUCAAGAGGAAUGUGGCCACUAACCAGCGCAUCUACUUCGACCUGGACCAAUCAGGCAGGUACCUGCUGAGCGGAGACACAGAGGGAGUCGUGUCUGUCUGGGACACUCAGACAGCGCCUCCUGAUGGAAACGAGGAGCUCCUGCAGCCACAGAUCCGCAUCCAGGCCCACUGGGAUUGCACCAACGGCAUCAGCGUUCAUCCCUUUAUGCCGAUUCUGGCCACAUCCAGCGGACAGCGGCAGUUCCCCUGGCCCACCGACAGCGAGGGCGACUCUGCCUCCGACACCGAAGGAGGAGGAGGGGGGGGAGUAGUAACGCUGCAGCAGGAGAUCCGGCAGGACAAUGCUCUGACACUGUGGUGGGCCGGACCACUGAGCCCAAUUGCUGAGGAGAGCCAAGACCAGAACGCAGCAGCCGUGGAAGCCUCGAGCGUCCCAUUAGUUUAACCAGAGCACACAGAUGGUGCUGCACCUUUGAUAUCUUUAGUUUUUCUUAAAGGAAACAGAAAUAUCAGUUACUCAGUGUUUUAGUUCUGCUGUCGAGCACAAGAUACAUUUCUAGCUGCCGGUUUACAGCGCAAAUAAACAGAGUCCCGUAUUAUUUUUUAAUUUAAGCAGUAGUUACAGAGACACUGAUUCAGUGAGGAAACAGGGUUCCUACACAUUUUUCAGGAUGGAUGGAUGGAAGAAUGUGUGAUGUACAGAUGGAUGAACAGACAAAUAGUUUUCCAUUCUUUUCAAUCCUUUUGUCAGACCUGGAAAAUAAAUGUCCUGACUUUGCCAGACUACUUUGGAACCCUAAAUUCAACAUAUCCAGCCUGAUUUGGCUCCAUAAAUGACAGGCCUUCAGCGUUUUAUCUGGCUGGAUUAGAACCCAGUACAUGACAAUUUAACUAGUUCAUUCCAGAUCAAAUCUAACUUUAAGUGAAAAUCGGUUUACUUUGGUUAUUUUAAUUCACUAAUCUGCUGCUUGAAUUGCUUGAAUUCUCAGUGAAAGCUUGUGUCUGUGUUCGGUGUGUAUUUGUGUGUGUCCUUUGACCGGAGCUGUAACCGUGGGAGUAUUUCUGUGUGUUUGUGUCCAACGCUGCCCUGGAGAUCGCUCUCUGCUACAGUAACAAUAAGUGCCAUUUGUUUCCCUGAGCUUUGCUUUUAUAAACCAGGAGUCUCCUGUUUUUCUUACCGUGUCCUUUGUAAAGCAGCCAGUGUACCGAGCUGUGUCGCAGUGCAUGCCCACAGAUGUAUAUUUUUGUAACGCCGUCCUGAUUCUCUGAAUGUCCCGUCUGCGAGCAGCCAGAUUAACUCUGUUACGCUCUGUGAAAGUCUUUAAUAAGUGGGUGCAGCCGCUAAUCGAGUAUGCGUUAUUUUUGUCUACUGUUUGUACGUGUGCGUGGUGACUGAGAAACACAAAACUCAUCAUUUUUAAAUAUGUCUCCUUGCUGCAAGGCAUCUGUGCAGGUUUAUCUAUCCAACAUAUGCCUUUUUAUAAUUAGACACAUAGAAAUUAAUCAGUUUUUAACGCCUCUGCACUUGUACAUGUUGCCAAGCAUUAUUAUUUCCACUCGGUGAUAAUACACCAAUGUAUUCUCUACUAAGGGUCACUCAGAACCAUGCGGGGCUUGAAGAUGCCAAACAAGUCUCUGGAUAGAUGUCUGAAGUGGCUUUCUGAUGCUUUAAUCCAAGCUGAAGUGAAUUAAACUCAUAUCUAUCAUAUGA